GCAUGUUUGGUGACGUCCCAAUCAGCGACUUUGCUGUGAAGUCUCCGAGGCCGAGGCCUAAAAGAGACUUUUUUUUUUUUUUGUAACGCAUACAAAAACAAUUGGUUUCCAUGCCUGGAUUUCGGUGCCCGUUUUAAAAACCGGGUGUGAAACCGAUGAAGCACUUUUAUUCUGUGAUCGAAGCGGAAACGGUUUGGAAAACGUUAGCCUAGCUAAUUGUAGCUAACUGCUAACUGCCAGCGAGGAAGUGAGGAGGGACGAGAAAAAGAUGACAUCUCGGAGGUGGUUUCACCCCAACAUCACAGGAGUGGAGGCUGAAAACCUCCUGCUGACUCGAGGAGUGGAUGGGAGCUUUUUAGCCCGACCCAGUAAGAGUAAUCCGGGAGACUUUACCCUCUCAGUACGGCGAAAUGGAGCCGUCACCCACAUCAAGAUCCAGAACACAGGCGACUACUACGACCUGUACGGUGGGGAGAAGUUUGCCACGCUGGCGGAGCUGGUGCAGUAUUACAUGGAGCAUCACGGGCAGCUGAAGGAGAAGAACGGAGACGUCAUCGAGCUCAAGUAUCCGCUCAACUGUGCCGACCCCACCUCCGAGCGAUGGUUCCACGGACACUUGUCGGGCCGGGAGGCCGAGAAGCUGCUGACGGAGAAAGGGAAGAACGGCAGCUUCCUGGUGAGAGAGAGCCAGAGCCACCCCGGGGACUUCGUUCUGUCGGUCCGGACGGGAGAUGACAAGACGGACGUGAGCAGUGACAGCAAACCCAAAGUCACCCACGUCAUGAUCCGCUGCCAGAUGGACCUGAAGUACGACGUCGGCGGAGGGGAGAAGUUUGACUCCCUCACCGACCUGGUCGAGCACUACAAGAAGAACCCCAUGGUGGAGACGCUGGGCACCGUGCUUCAGCUCAAACAGCCCCUGAACACUACUCGUAUUAACGCUGCAGAGAUCGAAAGUCGAGUGAGAGAGCUGAGCAAACUAGCGGAGGCCACAGACAAAGUCAAACAGGGCUUCUGGGAAGAGUUUGAGACUUUGCAGCAACAGGAGUGCAAGCUGCUCUACAGUCGCAAAGAGGGCCAAAGAGCAGAGAACAAAAACAAGAACAGAUACAAGAACAUUCUGCCUUUCGACCACACGCGUGUGGUGCUGAAUGACAGGGAACCGAGUGAGCCGGGCUCUGACUACAUCAAUGCCAAUAUCAUCCUGGUAGUAUCUGCUGUCGUGCCCGAGCUGGACCCAAAGGUAAACAGCACGAAGGUGAAGAAGAGCUACAUCGCCACUCAGGGCUGUCUGCAGAACACCAUCAGUGACUUCUGGAGGAUGGUGUUUCAGGAGAACUCUCGAGUCAUCGUGAUGACCACCAAAGAGGUGGAGAGAGGAAAGAGUAAAUGUGUGAAGUACUGGCCGGACAUGUCGGCGCUGAAGGAGUACGGAGCGAUGCGGGUUCGCAACGUCAAAGAGACGUCUGCACACGACUACAUCCUGAGAGAACUCAAGCUGUCCAAAGUCGGACAGGGCAACACAGAACGUACCGUCUGGCAGUACCACUUCAGGGCCUGGCCCGACCACGGCGUCCCCACCGACCCGGGCGGUGUCCUCGACUUCCUGGAGGAGGUCAACCUGAAGCAGGAGAGCAUAGCGGACGCCGGGCCGAUAGCAGUACACUGCAGUGCGGGGAUCGGGAGGACAGGAACAUUUAUCGUGAUCGACAUCCUGAUAGAUGUGAUCAGAGAAAAAGGGGUGGACUGCGACAUCGACGUGCCGAAGACCAUCCAGAUGGUUCGCUCUCAGCGCUCCGGGAUGGUGCAGACGGAGGCGCAGUACAGAUUCAUCUACAUGGCCGUGCAGCACUACAUAGAAACACUGCAGAGACGCAUCGAGGAGGAGCAGAAAAGUAAGAUUAAAGGGCGCGAGUACACCAACAUUAAGUACUCUUUGUCCGACCUGACCGGAGGAGAGCAGAGCCCUUUGCCUCCUUGUACUCCUAUUCCUACUCCCACCUGCACAGAGAUGAGGGAGGACAGCUCCAGAGUGUAUGAGAACGUGGGCCUGAUGCAGCAGCAGAAGAGCUUCAGAUGAGAUUCACCUCUGACCCCAGUGCUCUAUCAGUUCCGGGAUCUCGAUACCUGAAAGUUUUUUUCGCCAGACACACCUUGACGCCUGAGACUUGACCGUAAUGACAUGGAACAAUGGAAACACACACACACGUACACACACACACACACAUGUGAGAGAGACCAGACACCAGGGUCCUCCUGUUCUCGCUAAUCUUACAUGAACAUUUGCCCUCUAGUUGAAUUCUAAACCACUGUGAUGAUCAUCAGAAGAGCCUUUGAGAAGCCUAACAUGCUAAAUCCUGCUACUAAACCACCGUUUUGUAAAUCUCACCCCAACAAGGGCUGCGGUCGCUCUCCUCAGAGGGGAACACCUUGCUAACCUUUGCUCAUUUUUCUGUUUUGUUUUCUUAACCAAAGGAAGGUUUAGUAGGUUUCUUUGUAGAUGGAAGUGAGGAGUUUUCUUUAUAAGGCCCGUGCCAAAACCAUGAUUUCAUCCACAUUUCUCGGCCAGUUAACAGUCUCUAUUGGGCCUGUUUAAACAGACCUUAUUUAUGGACGAGUGGGGCUGAAUCCCACUGAUUGUUGACUAGUUUUCACUUCGUUAUGUAGAAUAAUGUGUCUGAAUGAAGAGCUAUCGGCAUUGUAGUGUAACACCAUAUUAACUUAAUUUGUAAUCCUCUUCUAAACAUGAAUUCCUUUGUUUCUGGCGCCAGAACUGCCUUGAAGAGAAACUUUAAUUCAGGCUUCUUUUUGUGUUAAUAUGCUCUUGCUCUCUUUCUUUCCUUCUUUCUUCCUUUCUUUCUUUCGGGAUACACGGUGUCUGUUAGUUAACCAUUCCUGAGCUCAAGCCGAACGCCCUUAUUGCUGCACUGUUUUUUUAUUUAGCAGCAGAACAGUUUCAGUCGAGCCUUGAUCCACCUGGUGGACUUAUAAAUAAUCUAAUCUGCGGUUUAGAGGAGUUCAUUCGGUGUGACGGCGUAUUAAGAUUUCAGGGGGUUGUCAGUCGCGGCAUCGCCACAAAAAGAAAACUUUGUUUUUUAAGUUGUUUUUUAAAGUGCAUAUAACUUCUUUGUUUUCAUUACUUCUUGUUUGUUUUUGUUGUGUUUUUUUUUUUUUUAAGACGAAUGCCUUUUGUGUACCGUUGCCUAUUUUGAGCACCACAUGUACUUCAUUUUAAGAGUCACUGUUUUAAGAAGCAAUUCCACGUCUCAGCUUUGGCACUAUAGAUCGUCAACGUUGUGGUUCUAGAGUGUUGUCCCCGUGAUUGUCAGCUGGAUUCAGUAGUUUGCACACACACACACACACACACACACACACACACACUUGUAUUUCUGAUCAUGUUAAUCAAACUAAAGCAGUUAAAGGAACAUAUGUCGACAUUGUGGGAACAUUUGCUCGUUUACUUUAUUGCAAAGUGUUCCAUGAGACGAUCGAUGCGAUUCUUCUUGUUUUGCACCAGCAGCAUGUUAGAAACGUCAUUCAUUCGCUCGUCAUGAAUUCUCAGGACACUGAGCGUUUCUAUUCACACUCAAUCGGACAUCAAUUUAACUUUACUUUAUUGUCCGCUCUGAGUGAUUUUAGAUGAUUUCAGUACUGCAGUGCAUGUGUGAAAGCUGGUUAGCUUAGCAUAAAGACUGGACACAGCUAGCCUCUAAAGCUCACUGAUUAACACAAUGUAUCUCGUUUGUUUAAACUCUACAAGAACAAAGUACAACAUGACGAGUCAAUCACAUGUUGUGGUCCACAUGCUCGCCGUUUCCUCUCGCUUCCAGUCUUUAUGCUAAGCUAAGCUAAUGACCUGCCAGACGUGAGAAUGGUAUCGAUCCUUUGUGAUGUCAAACCAUUUCCUUUAGCCUCAUCUUCACAAUCAGCUGCAGUAUUUCGGGGAAGUCCUCUGAUGUUCUGGAUCGUCAUUAUUUCAGAGAGAAUCCACAACACUCAUUCCAGACGUGUGGCCUCAGUGGUUUCCUUUUUGUUUGUGAAGCCUUCCCGUCACGUCGCCUUGAGACAGUGCACUUGUUGUAACGGUGCUGACUCAGAUUCUCUCCACUGAGGAAAAGGAAAAGAAGCGUCUCUCCUCUCUGCUGAUUGAAUAUCUUCUUUCUGUAACAGUUGAAAUCAUGAAAUCAGUGGGUGGUCUUUGGGGGGGGGGGGGGCCCAGCAAGUGUUCUCUGAAAUAACUCCUCAUCCACUGACUGAGAUCCUCUGUAGUUUGGUGUACUGUAUGCAGUUUUUAUUAUCUGUGUGUGUGUGUGUGUGUGUGUGUGUGUGUGUGUGUGUGU